ACCAUGUCCCCGAGCCGCUGAGCAGGACGGGACCACCGAACCCCCGGCUCCCCAACCGUCAUGGGGCUGCCCCACAACCUCUGAGCAGGAUGGAGGGGGUCUGCCUGCUCUUGGCGGCUCUCUCCGCCGCGGCACCCGGACAAGGGGCGGUGAGCCGGGAGCCAGCAGCAUCACCAGCAGCCCGAGCGCGUGACGGCAUCCCCGGCUUCGGCUUUCCCACCGCCCCCGCCGAGCCAACGGGACCUCCCAGCACCCCGGCGGGCAGCGCGGCUGGAAACGCCUCGGUGGCACCAGGUGCCGGCACGCUGCGGCUGGCCGGCGGCCGGAGCCGGUGCGAGGGCCGGGUGGAGAUGGAGCAGGCGGGUGCGUGGGGCACGGUGUGCGACGACGCCUGGGACCUGGCCGACGCCGACGUCGUGUGCCGGCAACUGCGGUGCGGCCGGGCCGUGCGCGUCCGCGGCGGCGCUGCCUUCGGCCGGGGCAGCGGACCCAUCCUCCGGGACGAGGUGGGCUGCGAGGGGCACGAGGAACACCUCUGGGACUGCCCGGCUGCGCCGGAGCACGACUGCAGCCACAAGGAAGACGCCGGCGUGGUGUGCUCAGAGCACCAGGAGUGGCGGCUCUCCGGGGGCCGGGACGGUUGCGCCGGCCGGGUCGAAGUCUUCUUCCGCGGCACGUGGAGCACGGUGUGCGACAGCACGUGGUACAAGCUGGAGGCGAGCGUGCUGUGCCGCACGCUGGGCUGCGGGGAGCCCCUCCGGCAACUCUCCUUCGGCCACACGCUGCCCGGCAAGAUGCUCUACCAGUGCGAGAGCCAGCAGCCGUCGCUGGCCCACUGCCAGUGGACCUACAAUAAAUCGGCUCCCUGCCACCAGUCCCGGGCGGUCGGCGUGGUCUGCAACGGCUCCCAGGGCUUGCAGACGCCAACCCCGAUGGCCGUGGUGACACCGAGCAACGUCACGCUCCUGAGCGCUGAGGAGGGUUCCCCGGCCGUGGGGGCACAGUCCUCUCUGCACAUGCCCCUCUUUGUCCUCUGCCUGGUCCUGGCAGCACUGCUCCUGCUCACCGUGCUGGCCUUCACCGCCGCCCUGCUGAGGGUGAGGAAGAUGAGCGCCCACGCCGUGUCCCCCCUCGGGCUAGCCGGGCCGGUGCUGGUGACCCACAGUGCCCAGAGCCCCAACAUGCCCUCUGGGACCUCCAACGACUACAGGGAGAUGCCCCCCAACCUUCCCAAAGGACCAGACCCGCCGGACACAGCCCUUCCCACUGCCAAGGACUCCGACUCCGACUCCGACUACGAACACUACGACUUCAGCAGCAAGCCGCCCAUGGCCCUCUCCACCUUCUACAACUCGCUGCGCCGGCAGCCCGGGGAACAGAUGCUCUUGCUGAUGCCCAGCCAGGACGGGAUGGAGCCGUUGCCUGCGGAGGUGCCGGCCAGGCUAGACCCCCCAUCCCGCGGCAGGGCGAGCAGCUCCUCCACCUCCUCUUCCUUCUCCACCGAGCCCUAUUGCAAUGAUGGCGCACCCCCGCCACACGCCUGGGUCUGCCCGACGCCCCCCACCGAUAGCACCCACCAGCACGCAGCACCCACCGCCCAUGGCUACACUGGCUACCCCAGCACAGCUCCCCCAGCGAUGCCCCGUGUGCCCACCCCAGUGACGUCCCACCCGCGGGUACCUGUGUGUGCAGCAGACCCCGAUCCCGCCGACAGCUCCAGCACCUCCUCGGGGGAGUGGUACGAGAACGUGCAGGGCACGGAGCCGCCCGGGGACCCGUCCCCACGCCCCGGCUGGCCGGCUCCAUCCUGCCCCUCGGGGGGACACACGCGGGACCCCGACUCCUCUGAGGGCAGCGACUACGAUGACAUCCAGGGCUCUGCCUACUGAGCCUGCCCAACCGCCGCAGACAGAGGGGCAUGGCGGGGGGGGGGCCCUGGCACUGUGUGCAGCCAAGGAUCCGCCAUCCUGCUGCCGACGUCUCCUCUGGACUUUCUCCGGCCGUUUCCUCCAUGCCACCGGUCCCGGUGGCACCCUGGGGAUGUUCGGCGCAGGCGAGCCGUGCCGGGCUGCGUGAUGCAAUU